CACAGACGGCGCCCGGCGGCGGCGCGAACGGCAGCGCGGAGCGUGGCUCUGUGCUAGGUGCCUGCCGUGACUUCCCGCGCAAGGCCGGGCGGACAGGGACCCGCAGCCUAGGUGGCGCUGGAGGAUGGGGCCGUGGUCCCGGGUGCCAGCCUCCAGAAGCUUGGUGCUCUGAAGGUCAACAAGUCCAGUCACAGGGGUUCAGGAGGGCUUGACACCUUCACAGUAAUGGCAGAGAAGCGGCCCCUGGGGCCUCUGGGGCCUGUGAUAUAUGGCAAGCUGCCCCGCCUGGAACCAGACCCAGGGCCUGGACAUGGCCUGCCCCUUCCUGCUGGCAACCAGGACUCCUGCAGUUAUAAGGGUGCAUACUUCUCCUGCCCGAUAGGGGGUACUUCCAAGGCAGGAUCUGAGCGGUUGGCAUCCUGGACCCCAUACCCACCCUUGUACCCCACUGGUGUGGCAGGAUCCCCACUCCGGACUGACAACCUAUUGACAAACUGCCUGCUCUACCGCCCUCCGCCAGAAGGCUCUGAAAAGAUACAAGAGACCAGUGAGCUUCUGCCCUUUGGUGCCCAAGCUCAUGCAUACCCAGGCCCUCCACUGGCGGCUCCCAAGCCUGUCUACCGCAGCCCUUUGUGUUACGGACUGUCCACUUGUCUAGGGGAUGGGGGAGCAAAGAGACCUCUGGAUGUUGACUGGACCCUGGUGGCUGGGCCCCUGUUGCCCUCUGCUGACCCACCCUGUUCGCUAGCCCCAGCUCCUGGCAAGGGCCAGCCCCUGGAUGGGUCGUUCUUGCAUGGACUGCCACCUGGGGCACCUGGCAAAGACUCCUCUCUGACUUUUUCUCCAUGCCAGACUAUCCUGGAGAAAUAUCGAACCAUCCACGGCCCAGGUUUCCUGGCUUCAAAGUACACGGCUCCCUAUUCUGGGGAUUCCAAGCAAUCAAUAUCUGAGGGACCCUCCAGUCCUUGGACCCAGCUUGCCCAGCCUCUGGGACCCCCUUGCCAGGAUGCAGUGCCACCCCACUAUCCACUGCCCCCACCGCCACAGGCCUUGCCCUGCCCUCCUUCUUGUCGUCACCCAGAGAAGCAGGGUAACUACGGCUCUCUGCUCCCACUGCCACCUCUAGGAGCACACAAGGGGGCUGCAUACCAAGCUGGUGGAUUGGGAAGUCCCUACCUGAGGCAACAGGCAUCUCAGGCCCCCUACCUGCCCCCUGUUGGGAUAGACACUUAUUCCUACUCCUCUGCACCCCUCCCAGCACCCUCACCAGGGCUCAAGCUGGAACCCCCUCUUGCUCCAAGGUGUCCACUGGACUUUGUCCCCCAAACUUUGGGUUUCCCUUAUGCCAGGGAUGACCUCUCUCUCUAUGGGGCAUCCCCAGGGCUUGGGGGAACACCACCUUCCCAUUCCCAGAACAGUGUGCAACCAGUGCCACAGCCCAGUGCCUUCCAGCGAACAUGCCAGCCUUUGCCAGCCAGCCAGCCGUGCUCUGAGCCUAUGAGACCUGCAGAGAAACCAGCACCGGAAGCGCAAGAGAAGACAUGGCUACCCAGCUGCAGGAAAGAGCAACCCCAGCCCAGGCCCGAUGAGCGUCCUGGGGUACCUAUUGUCAUCCGAGACAGUCCAGGUCCCCACACUUCACCAGCACUGCACCCCUGUGCCAAGGAGCGCCAGUCUGUUCCACAGAAAGGUGCCAGGCCUCCCAGCUCUCCACCAAUGCCUGUGAUUGACAAUGUUUUUAGUCUGGCCCCCUACCGUGACUACCUGGAUGUGCAGACCCCAGAGCCCACAGCCGAGCAAGACUCCACUUCAGCCCCCAGUAAGAGCCAAGACAAAGAUUGCAAGGGGACCCUGCCUGUCCAGGAUGAGACCUCUGGGCCUCCCUGCUCUCUUCGUGAGGAGGUGGCUCUGGACUUGAGUGUGAAGAAGUCUGUGGCCGAAGCUGUCCCUGCCAGGGUUAUUAGUCCUGAGGCACAUAAGUCCCCUGAAGCUGUGGAUGGGCCAGGUACGGAAAACACAGAGUCAGCUCUGCCGGGCCUAAAAAAGAUGGUCACUGAAAUAUCUGAAGCGGCCACAGAAACCACACCAAGGACCAAUUUCCACAGCUCUGUGGCCUUCAUGUUCCGAAAAUUCAAGAUACUCCGUCCUGCACCCUUACCUGCAGCUGUUGUCCCAUCCCCACCUACCCCAGCUCCUGCCCCUGCCCUUGCCCAGCCUGCACCCAACCCGCCCUCUGUGCCCAUGGGACUCCAGAUUCUCACUCAGCCUUUGCCAGUGGCGUGCUUCAACCUGGCCCUGCCAAGCCCACCAGCCAUAGCCGUGGCCUCCCCGGCCCCAGCCUCUGCUCCUGCUCCAUCACCUGCUCCGGCCCCUGCCCCAGCCUCAGGACCAGCUCCCGCCACUGUUCAGGUCUCUACUGCAGCCCGAGCAGACUCCCUAGAACAGCACUUUACAGGGCUGCACACGUCCCUCUGUGAUGCCAUCUCGGGUGCCGUGGCCCACUCUCCACCAGAGAAACUGCGCGAGUGGCUUGAGACAACCGGGCCAUGGGGCCAGGCUGCAUGGCAGGACUGCCAGGGUGUGCAGGGGCUACUGGACAAGCUGCUGUCGCAGCUACAGAGGUUUCUGUGCACCCAGCAGUGCCCCUUCCCCCAUGUGGUACGAGCGGGUGCCAUCUUUGUGCCCAUCCAUCUGGUGAAGGAGCGUCUCUUUCCAAAGUUGCCGCCUGCCUCUGUGGACCACGUGCUGCAGGAGCACCGUGUGGAGCUACGGCCCACUACGCUCUCAGAGGAGCGUGCCUUGCGUGAACGCGCCUUACAUGGCUGCACCUCACGCAUGCUGAAGCUGCUGGCACUGCGCCAGCUGCCUGAUAUCUACCCUGACCUGCUGGGCCUGCAGUGGCAUGACUGUGUACGCCGCCAGCUGGGUGGCUCUGAAACUGAGGCCAGAAUUUUAUCCCCGUCAGAACCCACAGUGACCAGAGAUGAGCCAGAAAGCCAAGCCCUGGCUCAUAAGUCACCAGCCCCCAAGGUCAAGAAGCCAGGGAAGAAGCCACCUACGCCUGGCCCUGAGAAAUCUGAGGCGACCAGUGGGGAAGGAUCACGCAAUCCCUCACCUAACUCUGGCACCAGCACCAGCCCACCAGGCCCCACCUUGAGGGCACGCUUCCGCAGCCUGUUGGAAAACGCCUGGCUCAAUGGUGUGGCGCUGCCUACUUGGGGCCACAAGGCCUCAGGACCAGACCGGCCUUCGCCUCACCCCCAGCUCCUGGGCAGCCAGAGCCAUCACCUGUAGCAUUGGUAGCUAGUGUUGGGACCAUCAACCACCUGGGGACCACUGUGUACCUGUCCUAACAUCCAACUGCCCAGGGCUAGGAGUGGAUAAUAGGGCUGGGCCCACCUAACUGGGCAGAGACUUUUGAACUUGGAUCUUUGGAAAGGAUUCCUUCCCUUGAGAAACCUGUGGGCAUUGAUUGGAGCCAACCUGACUUGGACUUGAAUCUGGCUGCUGUGUUCCUUGUUGCGUGUCUUGGGCAAACAUUUCACCUCUCCUGAGCCCUUGCUCCCCAUUUGUAGAAUAAGACAACACAGCCUACCUCACAAGGGUUGUUGUGGGAUGAUGUCUGACAUAAACCUGUUACGAUUUGGUCUGCUGCUUGCCCAGGACAGGCCUUUGACCUCACUCAGGCUGUGGGAUAUUGAGACUGAGGCUGGCAGAACCUUGUCAAGUCUUCAUGUGUUUUGGAACCUGGUUACCUUAGAGUGGUACAUAUAGCUUGUACACACCUCCCCAUAUCCACCGCUGGUGCAGGGACCUAGCCUGAAGACCCUGAGUCUGCUCUGGAUUCAUAUCUCUGACUUAUCUGGGCUGCAUCUCACACCCCAAUAAAGUAACAAGCAGCUGCAGGGA